AUGGCCUGUGGUAGUAGUAGUGUUGUUGGUGAUGGAAGUGAUGUAACUUAUAGAAAAAUAUUCGUGGGAGGACUUGCCUGGGAGACUCAGAGUCCAGCUCUGCGGCGUUACUUCGAGCAGUUUGGCGACAUUCUUGAAGCCGUCGUCAUCUAUGACAAGAACAACGGUCGUUCCAAAGGCUACGGUUUCGUUACAUUUCGUGAUCCAGUCUCUGCUGAGAGAGCUUGCUCUAAUCCCAACCCCUUGAUUGAUGGUCGCAGAAUAAACUGCAAUCUAGCCUACUAUGGCCGAACCCGGCCUCCUCCACCUUUUCCAGGCCGUUUCAGAACUACAACUACAAUUCCUGCCAUUGAAGGUAUUCCCAACACACCGUCCAGCUAUGGUGGAGCUUUUGCUCACUAUCAUCGACCAUUUCCCUAUACUUACCCAUCUGGGUUUGUGUAUCCUCAUUACGGAUACCUGCCAUAUGGCCCAGGCUAUGGGUAUCCUCAGGAUGUGUAUAAUCGUUAUCCAGGUCAACAGUACCUUCAAGGAUAUGGGGGUCCCUCUGCUACAAUCAGCUCUCCAUACCCGUAUGGACAAAUUGGUCUUCCACCUCAUCCGUCCACUCAUAGUCAUCAAAACAUACCUCCAUAUCCAAUGCCGGCUCGCAAUUUGGUGCCUUAUGGUGGCAUUCCUACGAUGCCAUCACCAUAUUAUGCUCAUUCCAUUCCGAGCUUUAUCUGA